GCCCACUCUCCCUGCAGGGGUGACCCAGACAAGUGUGACAUCUGGGGCAACACGCCCCUGCAUCUGGCAGCUUCCAAUGGCCACCUGCACUGCCUGUCCUUCCUGGUGUCCUUCGGGGCCAACAUCUGGUGCCUGGACAACGACUACCAUACGCCGCUGGACAUGGCCGCCAUGAAGGGCCACAUGGAGUGCGUGCGCUACCUGGACUCCAUCGCGGCCAAGCAGAGCAGCCUUAACCCCAAGCUGGUGGGCAAGCUGAAGGACAAGGCCUUCCGCGAGGCCGAGCGGCGCAUCCGCGAGUGCGCCAAGCUGCAGCGCAAGCACCACGAACGCAUGGAGCGGCGCUACCGGCGCGAGCUGGCCGAGCGCUCCGACACGCUCAGCUUCUCCAGCCUCACGUCCAGCACCCUGAGUCGCCGGCUGCAGCACCUGGCUCUGGGCAGCCACCUGCCCUACUCGCAGGCCACGCUGCAUGGCACCUCCAGGGGCAAGACCAAGAUCCAGAAGAAGCUGGAGCGGCGCAAGCAAGGCGGCGAGGGCACCUUCAAGAUCUCUGAGGACGGCCGCAAGAGCGUCCGCUCGCUCUCGGGCCUGCAAUUGGGCAGCGACGUGAUGUUCGUGCGCCAGGGCACCUACGCCAACCCUAAGGAGUGGGGCCGCGCCCCGCUCCGGGACAUGUUCCUCUCGGAUGAGGACAGCGUCUCCCGUGCCACGCUGGCGGCCGAGCCUGCCCACUCGGAGGUCAGUACCGACUCAGGCCAUGACUCCCUGUUUACCCGCCCCGGCCUGGGCACCAUGGUUUUCCGCAGGAACUACUUGAGCAGCGGGCUGCAUGGGCUGGGCCGCGAGGAUGGGGGGCUGGACGGGGCGGGCACGCCGCGGGGUCGGCUGCAGAGCUCCCCCAGCCUGGACGACGACAGCCUGGGCAGUGCCAACAGCCUGCAAGACCGCAGCUGCGGGGAGGAGCUGCCCUGGGACGAGCUGGACUUGGGCUUGGACGAGGACUUGGAGCCCGAGACAAGCCCGCUGGAGACCUUUUUGGCCUCCCUGCACAUGGAGGAGUUUGCUGCCCUCCUGCGGCAGGAGAAGAUCGACCUGGAGGCGCUGAUGCUGUGCUCUGACCUGGACCUCCGCAGCAUCAGCGUCCCCCUGGGGCCGCGCAAGAAGAUCUUAGGGGCAGUGCGGAGGCGGAGGCAGGCGCUGGAGCGCCCGCCUGCCCUGGAGGACACAGAGUUAUAACCAGGGGCUCCUCUCCUCAGACCAAAAUGAAUUGCAAGUUGCCACAAUCCUCAACAGUGGGACCCUAAAGGGGUCCCUGAAGUCCUCACAGCUGCCAGCCCUGCAGCCCCCCUUCCCCAAGAGCAAGGUCAACUCCUUUGAAAGCCUGUCCACACCCUGAAGCAGAGGCUGUGGCCUGGAGGCACCCAGAGGGGCAUCCCAGAGCACAUCUGAGGGCUCCCCUGAACCACCCCAUCUGAGCAGCCCUAAGGGACAUGUGGCUAUGUGGAAGGCCAGCCUCAGAGGGAGGGUGAGGUACCAGAGCUGGAUGGAAGAGUGUGAGAGGGGUAAGGGCCCAUGGCCUGUCCCAGGCACCAUGGUCUCUCCCAGCCCUGCUGCAAAGGGCCUGUUUUGUCUGCUCAGGCUGGAGACUUGCUCACCUAUAUUUUUGUGACGGGAAGAGUUUGGGCUGCCUCCCUUUCCCCAUACACCCAGAGGGGAGGCUCCCCAGAUAGACUCUUCAGCCAAAUACCUUUUUCAAUCCCCACCCCAUGGCCCGUGGAGCUGCAUAGCCAGGUUGGGUGGCACCCUUUCUGGCUGUCCCUGGGCACAGACCAGCCUGUUCUCUUCCAGCCUUCCCCUCCUUCUUUGUGCAGCCUCAUCCCCCCAGGGACCCCAGAGGGCUGGAUGCUAGAUGCAAGGUGCUAGUCCAACAGUCUGCAGUAUUAUAGCCCUCAGGCCUGGUGGCACGUGCUGGCCUAGAGAAGGACAGCUGCCAACUGCCCCAGAGUCUCCUAGGCCUGAGACAGGCAAAGAUGGGGCUGGCUGCGUGUCAGGCCUAAUGUGGGCAAGUCCUGAGAUGUGAUACUGAAGGAGGUGGAUAAUCCAAACUGCUGACUAUCCUCAGGUUCCCAGGGCUAUGUGUGUGUGCACUGGGGGUUGGUUAGUGGGUUUCCAUAGAGCUCUGAAAGGACUGGGCUGCUUCAUAAUUCUGCAUGGAUUGUGGGUGAGUGACAGCUCACUCAUGUCCCAGCUCUGUGAUAGAGGUGAGGCCAGGAGAAAGGCCAGCCCAAAGGCCUUUGUCCUCAGAGCUCGUCAGCCAGAUUAAGGGCACAUUCCCACCCCACAGAGUUGUGCCCUUCCAUCCAUGUCAUCAGUGGACCCUCUGUCACUUGGGAAACAGCCCCUGCUGGGGGCAAGGCCAUAGCCUAGCUCCUCCCUGGGCCCCCUUGACUGGGGCAAGGGUGAGAGCCUCCAAUAGCCUCUCUCUGGUCUCUCUGUGGGGGGCCCCAUCCACACACAUGCCUAGAGCUGGGGGCACGAAGGAGGUGGUCCUUGUGCCACUGCAGGACACUCAGAACUUGGCUGCCUGCCACUGCCACCAGAGCCCACCCAAGCCCUUCUCCCUGUUUGCUGGGCCUGAGCCUGGGGCCACCUGAAGUGCCGACUCUUUUUUCCUGGAGCCCCAGGUGCUUUCUUUUCUG